CUGUUAAGACUGCCCUUUGUAUCAGUGUGACAAAGCAUUAAGUAUUCAGUUAACUUUCUAGAGCGACAGCCGAAGGACAUCAUCACAUCCAGAGUGAAGUCAACAUGAAGGCCACAGUGGGACUGCUGCUUCUGCUGCUCACGGUUUAUUGCUGCGCUGCUGGACUUGAAAUGUCUCCUGGACAAUGCUGUUUCAAAUUCUUUACUGGAAGGAUACCACCGAAGAAAAUAGUCUCUGUCUUCAAGUCUCACAGCGCCUGUCUGGAAAAAGCAUUUGUGAUCGGUACAGCCACCGGGAGACGCAUCUGUGUGAGCCAGAGCGUCACCUGGGCUCAAGAAGCUUUUGCAUCAAUGGCCAAUCUGCAGAACGAUGAUGAAUAAAGCUCUUCAGAGUUCACGAUCAAGCAUAAUAAAGCUUUGUGUUAUGUUAACCCAUGCUAGCAAUUUUAUAAGACAGCUGCAGCCUGGGUUUUGUACCGGGCAUACCCAGUUUCCUGUUUUAUAUUCUCCUUUUUAGAUUUUUGGAGUUUUCAGUUUGGAUGUUACCUUUGCCUAGGUUAUGUUUUUAUUCUGAUAUUAGGUGUUAAGUUUUUCAUGUCCUCCUAUGUUCCCCAUGCCUAGUUCUGUUUUGCUGUAGUACUUCCUUGAUUUAGUUCAUCUCUGUCUUCAUUUGUACUAUGGAUUUGCAGCUGCCAACUAAAUAAAGGUCAGUCUUUGGUUGCCUCCAA